CUUCCAUAAAGUCCUAAAUGUAUCUGUUGUAAUUUGUUCCAAUUGGUUUGAACGUUACUUUGGCAACUUAAUAGGAAAUGACCUCAAGAAUAACUUGGUCUUGUAUCCGUUGAGGCGAUCCUUUGUUGUCAAAGACUCCACCUCUUAAGUUGAGAGCAGCCUUCCUGGAGCACAGUCAGACAUCACAGAGCUGUGAUCAUACGCACCACGAUGAACCGGAGCCUGAUAACAGCUUUAAUUCUCUGCAGCAUCAGCUGGAUCUCUGUCUCAGGUUCUGAGUCUCUCACUGAGACUGUGGAGGGUCGGCCGGGUGGAGAAGUCACACUCACAUGCUCCAACAUGUCCAGCAAAGACGCUCCAACAUUCUGGUUGAGAGUGGUCAACAGAACCAAGGCCAGCUGGAUCUCCACCAUGACCAGCUCUGCAGGCAAUCCUUUAUACAGGGUUGGAAAUCAAGAUGGAAAAUUCCACAUGAGUAGCAACAUCUCCACUCUCUUUCUCCAAAUCAAACGAGUGGAUGUAUUUGACUCUGGACUGUAUUUAUGUGGAUUUUACAUCGGAGGACGUUUUAAUUCCAGCACAAUACACUUCAAUGUUAAAGGUAACGAUAAAUCUCGUGAUGAUGACGACAGGAAGUCUGAAAAGUCUGAUGGAACAGUAAACCUGAUGAGUUUGGUCCUGGGCGCUCUGACCGUUCUCCUCUUCAUGAUCAUCAUCGGUCUGGUUGUUAUAAUCAGGAAACUUCAGAAAGCUGCCAAUGAAGAACAGAAUCCACAACAGCCUGAGAACCGGGCACCUGAAGAGGUGAACUACGCAGCUGUGGCUUUCCGUCCAAAAACAAGAAGAACAAGAGAAGUUGAGCCCAAUGUUGUGUAUGCUUCUACUAGAUAGACCCAGGAUUACACCAGAUAAGCGGUUCCGACUAAAACUGAUGCUUUAUCAUAUUAAUCUGCAGAUGGUGGACAGGAGGACUGACCAUCACUGUCAAAUAAGGACAAAAAUGCAACCUUCUUCCUAGUGCCCAGUUUGAAUUUGAAUCUCUUUUAAAGAUGUAAUUAGUGCACAUCAACAUGGAGAGAAGAUUUUGUAAAUAGCAGUGUGUCUAUUCUGGUAUAGGGAAUACAAUUCAAGAGAUACAGCAGCAAUCUAGUAUUACAUUUGACUGAAAUAUGAAUUACUCUUUCUUCUUUUCCUUCACUACUUGUUUCUGUUACACUCUGACACUGUGUUUCACGGUAGUUCCACUUCCCCUUGUUCACUUCCCCUCAGAUAGUACAAAGCAGCAUAAGACGCAGGGAGGCUGUUUCUGUUGAUGCCAUGCACCUCAUUGGAGAGUACUGCUUGCUGCAUUACUUGUAAGAAAGGUGCUAUAAUAUUACGUGACCCGGUGUUGGCUGUAUUUGGAGUACUCUGUAGCAAAAUUCAGAACCCUUCUAGCGCCCAUGUUAAUUCUAUUAAUCUGGAAACAGACACCACCUCCUCCCACUUCCAGCAUGUUGAUCAAAGACGUCAUGCAGCACCUAAAACUGGGAUACUCAGAUAUACAUCGUGUGGUUCCGUUGAAACGUUUUAUAGAACUUGGCAAUGCACAGCCCCGUGGCUCCUACCUUAACUCUUAGCUCUGAUAACUACCUGAGGUGUGUUGUCAAUAAGUAUUUAGAGCAGGUUUGUACUCUGAUUAUUAUUUUCUAAUCUGAUUAUCUACCAUACAGGACUUAUUGUGUUUGUGUCUGUGUAAGUAAAUGUUUUGUAAAACUAUUUCUGUAAUAUUAUA